UGCUCGGGUUAGAGGAGUGUUAGCUCCUUUCCUUUCUCGACAUUGCUCCUUCUCUCUCUAAGUCAACAUGAGUCGACACUUUAGCUCCAGGUCUGGGUACCGCUGUGGAGGAGGAGGAGGAAGAGGGGGCUUCAGCUCUGGCUCUGCUGGGCUGGUCAGCUACCAGCGCAGGUCGACCAGCAGCUCCAUUCGCCGCAGUGGGGGAGGUGGUGGGAGGUUUACUAGUGGAGUAUGUGGAGGGGGAGCUGGUGGUGGUUUUGGAAGUCGGAGUCUCAUUAACCUUGGUGGCAGUAAAAGCAUUUCCAUAAGUGUGGCCGGAGGAGGUGGACGUGGUGGUUUUGGUAGUGGUUAUGGCAGUAUUUUUGGUGGUGGUGGCUUUGGGGGCGGUGGUUUUGGAGGUGGUGGCUUUGGGGGUGGUCUUGGUGGUGGCUUUGGCAGUGGUGGUUUUGGUGGAGGUGGUUUUGGCAGAGGUGGUUUUGGUGGAAAUUUUGGGCCUGGAUACCCUGGUGGCAUACACGAAGUCAUCGUCAACCAGAGCCUUCUGCAACCUCUCAAUGUGGAAGUCGACCCUGAGAUUCAAAAAAUAAAGUCUCAAGAAAGGGAGCAAAUCAAGUCCCUCAACAACCAAUUCGCAUCCUUCAUCGACAAGGUGAGGUUCCUGGAGCAGCAGAACCAGGUGCUGCAAACAAAAUGGGAGCUGCUGCAGCAGAUAAACACCACCACUAGGACCCAAAACUUAGAACCCUACUUUGAGGCCUACAUCAGCAGUCUUAGAGCAAGAGUGGACCAACUGAAGAGCGAACAAUCUCAGAUGGAUUCAGAACUGAAGAACGUGCAAGACCUGGUGGAGGAUUAUCGGAAAAAGUAUGAGGAUGAGAUCAACAAGCGGACCAAUGCAGAGAAUGAGUUUGUGAACAUCAAGAAGGAUGUGGAUGCAGCUUAUAUCACCAAGGUGAAUCUUCAGGCUACAGUGGACAACUUGCGUCAGGAAGUUGAAUUCCUCACUGCACUCUACCAAGCAGAGCUGGCUCAGAUGCAGACUCAUAUCAGCGAAACCAAUGUCAUCCUCUCCAUGGACAACAACCGCCACCUGGACCUGAACAGCAUCAUCGACGAAGUCAAAGCCCAAUAUGAAGAGAUUGCCCAGAGGAGCAAGGCUGAGGCUGAGACCCUGUAUCAGUCCAAGUAUGAAGAGCUCCAGAUCACUGCUGGCCAACAUGGAGACAACUUGAAGAAUUCAAAGAUUGAGAUUUCUGAGCUGAAUCGGGUGAUCCAAAGACUUAGAUCUGAUAUCGACAAUGUCAAGAAGCAGAUCUCUGCAGUGCAGCAGUCUAUCAGUGAUGCAGAGCAGCGUGGUGAGAAUGCCCUCAAAGACGCCCAGAACAAGCUGAAUGAGCUGGAGGAGGCCCUGCAGAGGGCCAAGGAGGACCUGGCCCGCCUGCUGCGUGACUACCAGGAACUGAUGAACACCAAACUGGCCCUGGACGUGGAGAUUGCAACCUAUAGGACCCUCCUGGAAGGAGAAGAAAGCAGGAUGUCUGGAGAGUGUGCCCCGAACGUGAGUGUGUCUGUGAGCACCAGCCAUACCAGUAUCAGUGGAGGUAGUAUCCGAGGAGGUGGUGGCUCUGGAGGCGGCAGCUACAUCUCUGGAGGCGGCAGCUACAGCUCUGGAGGUGGCGGCGGCGGUGGCAGCUAUAGCUCCAGAGGCGGCGGUGGCAGCUACAGCUCCGGAGGAGGCGGCGGCGGCGGCGGCGGCAGCAGCGGUGGCUAUGGCUCCCGAGGCAGCAGUGGGGGCCAUAGAGGAGGCUCUGGAAGCAGCUUCACGUCCUCUGGAGGCCGGGGAUCCAGCUCUGGGGGCACCAAGACCUCUGGUGGCAGUUCCAGCAUUAAGUUUGUUUCCACCAGCUAUUCCCAAGGGGGGACCAGAUAAAGAGAUCCCCUCUCUCCCAUUAGCUCUCCCUCUCCAUCACUACCAAAUAUGCUUCUGAUUGCCCCAGGCUUAUUGGAGAAAAGAGCUCUGGUUAGUUACACUGGCCCAUCCUUGUUCCCCAGCUCUUUCUUUUCUGCUCUGCUUCCCAAAGAAAUUUUUAGGUCAGUGGCAAUCUCAGUCUCCCAUCUCUGACCCUGCUUUGUGCUUUGCCUGAGAAACAGCUCACCAAUCAUGGCCACACACAUCACAUUUCAAAGCACCUCCUUAAGUCAGCCAGAGGAGGGCUGGUCAGACCCACGGCUUCUUUGCCACGCAUAGAGCAUCAGCUAUGGAUAGCUUCUUAUCCUAACCCUGACAACAAGCUCUGUGCUGCUUUGGUUUUGUACAUAAGGCAUAAGCCAGUUGUCUUUUGUGGAGAGGUCUUCAACUCCCUGUUUCCUUGUGUUGCUGCAAUAAACUGCAUUUGAAACUC